AUGGCAGAGCCACAGGACGAAAUAAAGGUCAAGACUGAGAACGAGCAACUGCCACAGAUGAUUAGCCAGCCCUCCGUGCAUGGAAGAGCGCCCCCAGAUGUCACAGAAGGCCCAGAAGCCCCAAAUGCAAAAGCUCAGCUGGGUGUGGACAGCUACGAUGAUGAGGUGGAAGCAGCCCAGCAAGAAUUCAGUGUUGAGGAGUUUCCGGAGGCCUCCAGAGAAGGUCAGCAAGAUCCAUCGCGACUGUCACGCCUAGACCAAGGUGCGCAGAUGCCGUCUUUGGAUCUCCAGAUGCCACCGACACCGAUGGCAGAGGGUACGGAUGCCUACCAGGUGGGAGUGGUUGCUGAGCUUUGUGGCGAACUUGAGGAGGCGCAAAGGCAACAUGCCGAAGCACAGCAAGCCCUGGUGGAAGAAGAAAAGGUUGCUGGAGCUGCUGCACAAACUAUGUCAGAGCUGCGUGCGCAGUUAGAAGAGGCUGUCCAGGCAAAGGAUCAGCUGCAAACAGAGUUUGGUACUGAGCAGCUGCUGAGAAAGCGUGCCGCUGCCGAAUUGCAGCUGAAGAAGGCUUUGGCUUCUCCAGACGCGGGGCAGGUAGUCAAGCUACAGCGCGAGCUCUCCAAAUCCGAGCACGCUCUACGUGGGAUGCAGCGCAGGCACCUCCACGAGAAGGAUGCGCAGCGCUCGCAGUCCAGCGCUGAGUCGAGACUGCUGCGCACGGAGUACAAGGCAGAGCUUGCAGCUGCCAAGCGAUAUCAGCGUGCGGCAGCGAGGCCGCCGCCGCCCGCAGAGCGUAGUCCAUUGGAGAGGGCUGAAGCAGCGGCUGCUCGCGGGAUGCGGCGCUUGGAAAUGCAGGGCGAAGCAACUGCCAGUAUAUCGCCACCGCAGAUCUUGAGAACGCUGCGGCGGUGA